GUUGAAUCAGGAAGCACUCGUCGCAUUGUGGCGUCGCUGGUUUUCUUUUGUUUCUCGUGGGAGAAACAAAGUCAGAAGAUCAAACGGAAUCUUUUGACACUAUUAAGCUACAAAAGGGGAAACAUCGAACAGAAGAAAAUGUUCGUUGGGCUCGAGACAACGAACAUAUUAGUGCUGGGGACGGGAGACAAUUUGCAUCAACAGGUUCUCGCUUCCUUACCGCUGUGUGACGUGACAGAGGAAGAUUUGACCCAGAGUCCUCAGUUCUGUAAACUCUUGGCCACUCUGACUCAGCAUGUGGACAGAAGUGGACUCACUGUCCCACUUAAAGCAGACCUGGACAGGGCUGAGCAGAAGCUGCAGAGACAGAAGCGCCAGUGGCUGCGCUCUGAGAGCCUCCACAGAGGGCUGCAGGAAAUGAUCCAGGAGUUCUAUGUCCGGAAGCACAACUCCACCGUCCCCCCUGACCAGAACAUGGAGCCUUUGCUACAGUUCUAUGAAACAAUGGAGAGGUGUCUGCGUGUGACUCAGUGUGCCAAGCAGCUAGAUCCCAGCAGCACCACAAGCCAGGACAAGCCGUCCGUUCUGGGCCUAACACCCCAACAAGUGCUCCAGCUCCUGCCUUCAGAAAAGGAUGUCCAACAAAUGAAACAGGCUCUUCCCAGACAGCUGGAGAGACGUCUGAAGGAGAAGUGUCUGAGCCUCGUCUCUUAUUAUCAGCCCGAAUGGGAGAAUGAGAGUGAGGGUCUGAAGACCAACAAGCUGUCUCAUCUGUCCAUCCUGCUGGACAAAGACAAGAAAAGAACAGAGCAGCUGAAGGAGACGUGUCGAGAAAACACUGUCCUGUUGCAAAGACAAACCCAGCUCUACCUCUCUGAGCUGAUUAAAUGUAUCCAGCUGCUCCAGACGCUCCUCUUGGAUCACAGACUGAAGAUCCAGACAGACCUGGAUGGAAAGAAAUUGGAUUACUUUGAAGGCAAAUGUGAACUAGUCUUGCAGAAGAUAAAAACUGAGAUGGUGGAAAUCCAGCUGGACACCUACUCUCAUGACACAAUUUCUGCUCACCGAAAAAUAAGGGAGAAGCUGGAGAGCGAGCUGACGGCUUGUAAAGCAGAGAAGCAGGCGUUGGAGAUGAAGCUGUCGUCGUUUGAGAUCUUGGGGAAAGCGUUUGAGGCGCUGGCCGAUGAGUACUGCAGAUUACGGCAGGAGAUAGACAUGAAAAACUGGGCUCUGAAAGAACUGACCAAGUACAAUGAAAAUUAGCUCCUGUGUGAUAUGAAACCGUCAGGACUCCCUUCUUUUUGAACUAAGCACUUCUACAGAAAGAUAAUGUGGCACUAGUCAUAGAAAAUGCUGUGGACAUUUGGUUCAUUGAAUUUUUAUUGUAGAAUUCUUCCUAUGACAAAUCUUAGUUUAAAUACUCAAAUAAGAUGAGCAUCUAUAGUCCGUAACUACUGCAGUCCUACUUUACACCAACUAAAGUUCAAAGUCCUGUUCUGUAAUUACAUGCUGUUUUCUUGGAAGAGUAUAACGUGUUGUGUGGUUCAUAUUGAUGUAUAAUUAAAUUGUUGUAUAUAGAA